AUGUCGGACUGGAGCCCCUUGCCUGAAGGGCUGCGCCAGCAGACGCUGCCGUUGCCAGCCGGAAGGAAGAAAAAUGGAGUGGCCGCGGCCUGGCCGGGCGGCGCCACUACCUCGCUGGAGAAAGAAGAGGAGGAAGAGGCAGAGGCCGAGAGCGAGGAGAGUGGCGGCGACGGGAGCCGGAGCUGGGACUCCUCCAGCAGCAAGGACGAUGACCUUGAGACUGAAUGGUCAGACAGCAUGCAGAAAAAUGGGGAGCUCUUUUACCUAGAGCUGAGUGACAGUGAAGAAGAAAGUCUCCUUCCAGAAACUCCAGCUGUGAACCAUGUCAGGUUCAGUGAAAACGAAAUCAUUUUUGAUGAGGAUUAUCUCAGAGAAGGAAAAAAAUGUGAACCCAGACUCAAGAAGUUUUCCAAAAUUUUGAAAAGUCGAAGACUUUUGCCAAAGCGUCACCAUAAAAAAAAUAGCAACGGACCGGUAUCGAUUCUGAAGCAUCAACCCACCCAGAAGAUGGGUGUCAUCCUCCAGCAGCGGUACAAGGAUGUAUCUGUCUUUGUAAACCCCAAAAAUGCAACAGUCAUGAAAGCAAAAGAGCAUCUCAAGCUUCUGGAAGUGUUAUUGGGAAUUAUUCACCAGUCUAAAUGGAGGAAAAGAACCGAAGGCAACGGUGGAGAGAGGCUUGUAGUGCACGGCUUACUUCCUGGCAGCCCAGCCAUGAAGAGUGGGCAGGUGUUCAUCGGUGAUACCCUCGUGGCUGUGAACGAUGCGGACGUGAGCUCGGAGAACAUAGAGAGAGUUUUAUCUUGUGUUCCAGGCCCCAUGCAGGUGAAACUGACGUUUGAAAUUGCAAACUGUGGGCCAAAAGAAGCCGUUCCGCCCAAGCCGAAGAAGGCCCAGACAGCGGCUAGCGAUUUAGUCAAACUUCUGUGGGGGGACGAGGUCCAGGAUGUGCAGCAGAACCUCCAAAGCUCCCCUCACAUCGUCAUGUAUCUGUCCCUGCGGCUGGACUCGGACGCAUCCAAGGACGAGGUAGGUGGGCUGGAGCGCUCCCGGCCAGAGAGGCGCUUCCCAGGGAGUGUUAGGAAGCCCUGCAAGCACUCCUUUUUGUCCCGCUCCGUAUCAGAGCUGCAGGAGGAGGCGGAGGAUGGCUCUCCACAGUUGCCCGUCAUCCCUUCUUACCGAGCAAGGCUGUUCCACCAUGAGCCCUGGUUUGCUGUGCUUCUCCGCACUUCUCCAGCCCCUCCUCUGGCCCCGUACCCCUCCUCGGCUCCGGAGAGCCUGCUCUCCGCGGGUCCAGGGGCUCGAGGGGGGGCGACGGCGUCGGCGGAUGGAUGCAGUGGGGCUUUCCUAGGGGUUUGUCGGGGGCCUGCCCCUGUUCUUCGCCAUUUCCCCGGGGCUGCGGGGGAUCUUGGUCACAGCCAUGGCAGCAAUAAGGGGGCAUCUGAGUGCGGGGCCGCCACGCCCUUCCUCGAGGCCCCCCGGGCCGUGUCAGACAGGGUGGGUUUGAUGGCCCGGCCCUCCGCCACUUGGGAGCAGAGGAGGGCCACCCAACCCCCGGGCCACACGUCCGUUCGGGUUCUCCCCCCACAGAGCAGGCACGAUACCCAUUGUGCAUCCGCAGCCUGCCGAAGCCGUUUCCACAUUAGCCGUGUCCCAGCAGCCAGCACGAGACGACAGACAGCUACAACUUCAUCUUUUGGGGUCUUGCUGCUAUUAUUCCAGAAGAAGAAGGCCCUCCGCGCCGAAGGCCGCUCGGACUCCGCGCAGGCGGCCUCCUCCCUCGCUCCUGUGAGAGAGCACGGCGUGCUGUUUGAGUGUCCCCCGGAAAGGUGGACAGACCAGAAGAGAUCCCCUCCCGUGAUGGCCUACUGGGUCGUGGGGAGACUCUUCGUAGAGCCCAAACCUCAAGAACUCUACGUGUGUUUUCAUGACUCGGUCACUGAAAUAGCCGUCGAGCUGGCCUUCAAACUGUCCUUUGGCUUAGCCACGUGAUACUCCUUCCUCACAACCAGGGACCCGGUGGAGCGCGGCGAGAGGCCCCGAAUCCUGCCCCCAGUGGCUUUAAGCGGUCACGGGAGGAAC